AUGAGAACUCAUUCAGUAAACAAGCGACAAUAUUUAAGCAACGACACACCAAACAAUAAACAGACAUACAGAAAUAAAUUCUCAUUUAAAUUAUCUGAAGAGUGGUUAACCAAAUUAUGUUUGUACCCUCUCGAAAUAAUUCUUGUCAAAGAGAAGUUUUUAUCGUGGGUGAAAUUUGCGUACGAAUAUUUGCUUAUAGUAAAGCGCCGAUGUCGAACUCAUCCCACAAUUGGAAAAGCUUGUCGAUUGUUAAUCCAAAAUAAGCACAACAAUCUCAAAUGCUGUUUAAUGAUGUUUAUCAGUGAAAACUUAUUUAGAAAUUACAUCAAACAGAUGUCGACAAAGGAUAAAAAAGAAAUAUAA